AUGGCGGCCUUGGGGCAGCUGUGGCUGCUCUACCUGUCCGCGGGACUCUGGCCCGGACUCGGCACCGCUUUUAAUCUGGACACGCGCGAGGACAAUGUGAUCCGGAAAAGAGGGGACCCUGGGAGCCUCUUCGGCUUCUCGCUCGCCAUGCAUAGGCAGUUGCAGCCCCAGGACAAGCGGCUGUUGCUGGUGGGGGCCCCCCGGGCUGUGGCCCUUCCAUUGCAGAGGGCAAACAGGACUGGCGGCCUAUACAGCUGCGACAUCACCUCACAGGGACCUUGCAUACGAGUUGAAUUUGAUAAUGAUGCUGAUCCUUCGUUGGAAAGCAAAGAGGACCAAUGGAUGGGGGUCACUGUCCAGAGCCAAGGCCCAGGGGGUAAAGUGGUGACAUGUGCUCAUCGAUAUGAAAAGAGACAACAUGUUAACACAAAGCAAGAAUCCCGAGACAUCUUUGGAAGGUGCUAUGUCCUUAGUCAGGACCUCACGAUUGAAGAUGAAAUGGACGGAGGGCACUGGAGUUUUUGUGAUGGUCGAUUGCGUGGCCAUGAAAAAUUUGGUUCUUGCCAGCAAGGGGUAGCAGCUACUUUCACUAAAGACUUUCAUUACAUUGUGUUUGGAGCUCCGGGCACUUACAAUUGGAAAGGGAUUGUACGUGUAGAGCAGAGGAAUAAUACUUUUUUUGACAUGGACAUCUUUGAAGAUGGGCCUUAUGAAGUUGGUGGCGAAACUGACCGUGAUGAAAGUCUAGUUCCUGUUCCUGCUAACAGUUACUUAGGCUUUUCUUUGGACUCAGGGAAAGGUAUCAUUUCUAAAGAUGAGAUCACUUUUGUGUCUGGGGCCCCGAGAGCUAAUCACAGUGGAGCUGUUGUUUUGCUAAAAAGAAAUCUGAAGUCAACGCAUCUUGUCUCUGAGCAUAUAUUUGAAGGGGAAGGUCUGGCUUCUUCCUUUGGCUACGAUGUGGCAGUGGUGGACCUUAACAAAGAUGGGUGGCAAGAUAUAGUUAUUGGAGCUCCACAGUAUUUUGAUAGAAAUGGAGGAGUUGGAGGUGCAGUAUAUGUCUACAUUAACCAGCAAGGCAGGUGGAAUAAUGUCCAACCAAUUCGUCUUAAUGGAACCAAAGAUUCUAUGUUUGGCAUUGCAGUCAAAAACAUUGGAGAUAUUAAUCAAGAUGGCUACCCAGAUAUUGCAGUUGGAGCUCCCUAUGAUGACCUGGGAAAGGUUUUUAUCUAUCAUGGAUCUGCCAAGGGAAUAAAUACCAAACCAGCACAGGUUCUUGAGGGUGAAUCACCUUCUUUUGGAUAUUCAAUUGCUGGAAAUAUGGAUCUUGAUAAAAACUCCUACCCUGAUAUUGCAGUUGGCUCUCUCUCCGAUUCAGUGACUGUUUUCAGAUCCCGGCCUGUUAUCAACAUUGAGAAAACCCUCACGGUCACACCUAACAGAAUCGAUCUCCUCCAGAAACCCUUCUGCAACGCUCCGAGUGGGAUAUGCCUCAAGGUCAAGGCCUGUUUUGAAUAUACUGCUAAACCCACUAGUUAUAAUCCUUCAAUAACCAUUGUGGGCACACUGGAGGCUGAGAAAGUAAGAAGAAAAUCUGGGCUGUCAUCACGAGUUCAGUUUCGGAACCAAGCCUCGGAGCCCAAGUACUCUCAGGAGCUGACUCUGAAUCGGCAGAAGCAGAAAGUGUGCAUGGAGGAGAGCCUCUGGCUGCAGGAUAAUAUCAGAGAUAAGUUGCGGCCUAUCCCCAUCACUGCAUCAGUGGAGAUUCGAGAGCCCAGCCCUCGAAGGCGCCUGAAUUCACUUCUGGAAGUACCUCCAAUUCUAAAUUCCAAGGAGCCCACGACUGUGCAUACAGAUGUGCACUUUUUAAAAGAGGGAUGUGGAGCCGACAACAUAUGCAACAGCAACCUUAAACUAGAGUAUAAAUUCUGUACCCGAGAAGGAAGUCAAGACUUUUAUUAUUUACCCAUUCAUAAAGGUGUGCCAGAGCUCGUUCUGAAAGAUCAAAAGGACAUUGCUUUGGAAAUUACCAUCACCAAUUUUCCUUCUGGUGCCACAGAGCCCUUCAGAGCCGGGGAUGAUGCCCAUGAAGCUAAGCUCAUCGCCACAUUUCCUAAUGCACUGACAUACUCUGCAUACAGGGAACUGAGGGCUUUCCCGGAGAAGCAGCUGAGCUGUGUUGCCAACCAGAACGGCUCGCAAGCCAACUGUGAACUCGGAAACCCUUUUAAAAGAAAUUCCAGUGUUACUUUUUAUUUGAUUUUAAGUACAACUGAAGUCACCUUCGACACCCCGGAUCUGGCUAUUAAUCUGAAGUUGGAAACAACAAGCAAUCAAGAUAAUUUGGCUUCAAUUACAGCUACUGCAAAAGUGGUUGUUGAACUGCUUUUAUCGGUCUCAGGAGCUGCCACGCCUUCCCAGGUGUACUUUGGAGGUACAGUUGUGGGGGAGCAAGCUAUGAAAUCAGAAGAUGAAGUGGGAAGUUUAAUAGAGUAUGAAUUCAGGGUAAUUAACUUGGGCAAACCUCUUCGAAAUCUUGGUACAGCAACUUUGAAUAUCCAGUGGCCAAAAGAAAUUAGCAAUGGCAAAUGGUUGCUGUAUUUGGUCAAAGUAGAGUCAGAAGGCUUGGAAAAAAUUGCUUGUACACCACAAAGCGAGAUCAACCUCUUGCACUUAAAGGAGUCUCCUCAACACUCAAGGAAGAGGAGGGAAAUUGCCGAAAAACAGAUAAGCGAUGGUAGCAAGUUCUCUUUAUUCGCAGAAAGAAAGUACCAGACCCUGAACUGCAGCGUGAACGUGAAAUGCGUGAACAUCAGUUGCCCGCUUCGAGGGCUGGACAGCAAAGCCUCAGUGUUUCUGCGCUCCCGGUUGUGGAACAGCACGUUUCUUGAGGAAUAUUCUAAAAUGAACUACUUGGAUAUUCUGGUCCGAGCUUCCAUUGACAUCAUUGCCGCCACUGACAAUAUCAAUAUCAAGCUGCCAAAUGCUGGUACCCAGCUUCGUGUGACCGUAUUCCCCUCCAAGAGUGCAACCCAGUAUUCAGGUGUGCCUUGGUGGAUCAUCCUAGUGGCGAUUCUUGCUGGAAUCUUGAUGCUCGGUCUAUUAGUGUUUCUACUAUGGAAGUGUGGAUUCUUUAAACGCUCAAGGUACGAUGAUAGCGUUCCCCGGUACCAUGCCGUCAGGAUCCGCAAAGAAGAGCGAGAGAUCAAAGAUGAAAAGUACCAUGACAACCUUGAAAAGAAACAGUGGAUCACAAGGUGGAAUGAAAAUGAAAGCUACUCCUAGGGGUGGGGUGGGGGGCAAAUCUCACAGGGCACCAAAACUGCUUUUCCCAUUUUCCAACUCAAACAUUCAAGUGGAUUUAAAAGCCUGUUCAGUACCUGAAUAUUAAUUUCAGAUAGACGGCACCCUGUUUAUACCUACAGUUUUUUUUAACUGUGGAUACUAUAUAGCCGAAGACUCCUGUUUUGCACAACCAAAUAUAAACCCGUCAGAAUGGAUCUUCCUUCAACUGCCUUAAUUUAACUUUUGGGGUGGCCUUUGUCUUUGUGGCUCUUGUCCAUGAGCUGAGGAAGGGCCUGUCUCACCCACACAUAUUGUGUGGCAGCCCCACUCCCAGUGUGGCUGGAAGAAGGUACCCACUACUGCUGAGCACUGACUACCCCAAACUUGCGGCCACCUCCACAAACCUCCUUUCUAGAGGAUUGGAGAACCUGCCAUGGAAUCAUCUGGCAUCACCAGACUGUGCCGUCGAUUGCUGCAUGUCCAUUUGAAGUGCUAUCUUAAGUGAAAUGUGCAAUAGGUGGUGAGGUCACCAUCCGGCCGUCUUCCCCAGAUGCAGGAAAAUCUGCUCACACCAAAUGAAUCCAGAUUCUAUUCUUCCUUCUCCCUAAAAUAUACAGGAGCAACAGACUUGAAUGCUAGUUAGACUUAUUUGUAUAUGGUAUUUAUUUUUUCCUUUUUUUUUUACAAAUCAUUUUGAUAUCGACGAACAGGCCAAAGAUUCUCUGGUUACUCUUCAGGUUGGAUUAAACAAUCAGAAAUUAGAACACAGGAAGUCAUUUACAAGACCUAAAGAAAGGAUUGACUGCUAAGAAAGAAAAUCUUUUUUAAUAAAUGUAUCAGAGAAUU